AGAAUGACACAAUCGUUAUUUGAUAGUUAAACGGAUGCAAUGCUAUAAAAUUACGUGAAAUGAAACAUGACAAAAUAAACAACAACAUGUUAUAUAUAUGUUUAAACGUGCUCCGCGUCACGUCAGUCUGAUCUGGAGGCGAAAUGAUUUCAAUCAAGCUGAAAGCCUAUGGUGUCCUCGUUUUCCUAAUUACUUGUUUCGGAACUGAUACAACUGAAUUCUCCACAUCAAGCGAAGUUCAAACAACAACAAUGACUGGCGAAACAUCAGCAACAACUGGCGAAGCAACAAAAACAACUGGCGAAACAACAACAAUGACUGGCGAAGCAAUAAUAACAACUGGCGAAACAACAACAACUGGCGAAACAACAACAACUGGCGAAACAACAACAACUGGCAAAACAACAACAAUGACUGGCGAAACAACAACAGCGAUUGGUGAAACAACAAUGACUGACAGAACAACAACGAUGACUGCUGAAACUACAGCAAUGGUAAAAGAAACAACAACGACUAAAGUAACAACAACAUUAUCAUUGACGGCAUCCGAGUCUCCGAUAAAUACUGUACUAAUAGACAUUGGAACAACAAUGGAGCAAACACCAAUAACGUUGGAAGAUGCUGCAACUCAAAUUAACCAAAUUAAUAUAGGUAUACAUAUUAUACUGUUUAUGAUGAUGUUGUUGUCCAACAGACAAAGCCCCAAACAAGAUGGGUUUUUUGGAAGUCACAUUACAUAAACUGUUUGAAAAAGAUAUGAGGAUUAUCACUUGGAAGUGGUAGUGAGGAAUCCACCAUUAGUUUUUAUUAUCCGUUUGUAAGCGUUGUAAUGAGUGGAAUUUCGACUAGGUUCUGACUUUGUCAUUUUCUGAUAAUGUAGACUUAUUUCAUCAUGUUCAUAGAUUUUAGAAUAAAUUGUAUAUAUGAGGUUCAUAUGAGAAAAAAAGUUAUUUUAAAUUUACCCAUAAGGCAAUGUUAAAAAUAUGUUAUGCUUGAAUUGCAAUGAUGAGGUGUAUUGUAAGCUAUACAAUAAACAUUUUAUAAUCGUUA